UGGUUAGAGCGCGAACUUACUGACCGGAAGGCCCGCGGUUCGAACCCGGCCUGUGCCUCUCGACUUCCCCUGUCUGGGCUUGCGCAACUUGGCAGUAUCCCAGCCCUCGUGCCUCCUUCGUGUGGCAUGGCAACUAGGCACCAAAGGGGAGCUACAGCUGGACAAUUUACUUAUAUUAAGAGCAAUAUGGACGACGUACUCGAUGCCCAUGAGCGAACGCUUCGGGAACAUUUCGAUCCACAAGAUGCCAUGGACAACUGGGGUCAACCUGAGGAGAAAGAGACUGUGGAGAGCAAUUGGGCUGAAGCACAAAUAUCGGACCAGACAGGUAUUCGUAUUACUGGGCCUCCAUACUGGAUUACUGCCAAUCGUAAUCGUUCAGCUGUAGCACCCUUUCGGUGCCUACUGCCAUGCCCUGAGGAGAAAGAGACUGUGGAGAGCAAUUGGGCUGAAGCACAAAUAUCGGACCAGACAGGUAUUCGUAUUACUGGGCCUCCAUACUGGAUUACUGCCAAUCGUAAUCGUUCAGCUGUAGCACCCUUUCGGUGCCUAACUGCCAUGCCACUCGAAAUUUGCACGGGGGCUGGGAUACUGCCAGGUUACCCAAGUCUAGACAGGGGAAAUCGAGAGGCAGAGGUCCGGUUCGAACCACGGACCUUCCGGUCAGUAGAUUCGUGCUCUAACCACUUGGGCUAUCUCGUCCCUAUUUACUGCCAAUAUGUGACCCACGUGACAAAGCUUAUUGGUACUAUGUGGGACGAAGAGAAAGUGCCUGCAGAAUGGGGCAAGUCGACAGUUAUCCCCGUCUUCAAAAAGGGUAGGCGGACGCUGUGUAAAAACCACCGUGGCAUCAGCCUGUUAGCUGUGGCAUCGAAGGUGCUCUCUGGCCUUAUCCUUCGAAGGUUGGCUGAACCAAGCUUGACUGAAAAUCAAGCUGGGUUCCGUCCUGUAAGAUGUUGCAUCGAUCAUAUUUUCACCCUCCGACAGAUUCUGGAACAGUGA